GAUGCACAGGAGAAGAAGUGUUGGACCAAAACUCUACUUUAUCUAUUUAUUUAUUUUCAGACCAAACAUAAUCACUCACCCUGCAACUAAGCCCUCAUAAAGAAUUUAGUGUGUGUCUGUGGUGUAUCUAUCUUUCUCCUUCACUUCACAUGACUAAUCACCAGGGGCAGGGUCGACCUACAUCUUACCAUUCACGGACCCUGCUUCCGAGUGGGAUAUACUCGAUGGUUAAUAAUCACGAUGGCCCAAUGUACACACUGGAUGAAGCACUUGUUGCCGUUGGAUUUGGGAAGUUCCAGAGUUUUGUGCUUAUUUAUGCGGGACUCGGUUCGAUAUCAGAGGCCAUGGAGGUGAUGAUUUUGUCUUUCAUAGGAGAUUCUGUCAAAUCUAAGUGGAAUCUUUCUUCUACCCAAGAAAGCCUAAUAACAACUGUGGUCUUUGCUGGCAUGCUUCUUGGUGCUUAUUCAUGGGGGGUCAUUUCAGAUAAAUAUGGGAGAAGGACCGGACUUCUUAGUGUAGCUUUGGUAACUUCUGGAGCUGGGUUAUUGAGUGCUUUCUCUCCUAAUUAUAUAAUUUUGGUCAUCCUUCGUUUUCUUGUUGGCGUUGGUCUGGGAGGUGGGCCAGUAUAUACAUCUUGGUUUCUUGAGUUUGUUCCUGUCCCGAAUAGAGGAGUUUGGAUGGUUGUCUUUUCGACUUUCUGGACUGUGGGAACAAUAAUUGAGGCUUCUCUUGGAUGGUUAAUUAUGCCACGAUUAGGUUGGAGAUGGUUGCUCGCUCUAUCUUCUGUACCAGCUUUUGCAGCACUUCUCUUUUAUGGUCUGACGCCCGAGUCUCCAAAGUAUUUAUGCAUUAAUGGCCAAACGACUGAGGCUCUUAACAUUAUGAGGAAAGUAGCGGCAGUCAAUCAAAAGGAACUGCCUGCAGGCAUCCUCAUUCCGGAGAGCAGAAAUGAGCUGGAUGGAGAAUUUGAUCAGCGAGCAGAUUCGGAUUCACUUGCCCCAUCAGCAAAGGACAUAGUGUUCUCUAAUUCAGGCUUUUCAACCGUAUUGAUUCUUUUAUCAUCUAAAUUACGAAGAACUACCCUUCUGUUGUGGGUGGUGUUCUUUGGCAAUGCAUUUUCAUAUUACGGGAUUAUUUUGCUGACGUCAAAGUUGAGCAGUGAGAAAAAUCAUUGUAACUCAAGUACAAUGUCGUUGUACAAGUCAAAAAACCAGGAUGACACCCUCUACAUCGAUGUAUUUGUAACUAGUUUGGCAGAGCUUCCUGGAAUCAUUUUAUCAGCACUGAUCGUGGAUCGAAUUGGUCGUAAACUCAGUAUGGUUUCCAUGUUUGUGCUUGGUUGUGGCUUCCUUAUGCCUUUAGUUGUAAAUCAAAGUGGAAUUCUAACUACUGGCCUAUUAUUUGGAGCUCGUAUGUUCAUUAUUGGGACUUUCACUAUUUCCUACAUAUAUGCUCCGGAGAUAUACCCAACCUCAGUGAGAGCAACAGGUGUUGGAAUCGCCAGUUCUGUUGGAAGAGUCGGGGGAAUGAUAAGUCCGCUGGUGGCGGUCAAAUUGGUAACUGAUUGCCAUCAAGCAGCUGCAGUUCUUCUAUUUGCUGGCGUAAUACUUCUUUCAGGGCUCUCUGUUCUACUCUUACCCCUUGAAACAAAGGGUCGGAAACUGUCUGAUACUGUAACUGCAUCAGCUCCAACUUCUUCAGCCUGAGUUCAUACUAGAACCUCAUGAAACAUAUAUCGGGGAUGAAGAAUAUGGUUCCUGAACAUUUCAUUCAGUAGUAGCCAAUUCAGCCACAUGCUUUAAGGCAUAUUUUGUGCUCAACCCUGAUGAUGAACCGGAUGCCUUUUCAUUUUAUGCCGUCACAUGAAUGAUCUGGCCAUUCAGAAUAUGUAACUGUAAACCAAGGAUAAAUAGCUGGUGUUCGCCCUUGAAAUGAAGAAUAUAUAAAUAUGCUUUGGGUUUAUAAAGUAUUCAUUUGUAUCA